GUCGUUAUUAUUGCUUUUAUUCACACACAUUUCCCGCGGCCGCGCGAAACAUCGAAAGUGAGUGGCCAUCAUCGAAAACAACGCGGUUUUCAAGACAUUAAUCAAUGCUUCACUGCACUCUGUACAUAUGUAGAAGUUUGAUUGUUUUGUCUUCGUAAUCCGUGGCAAGUAUCUGCAGAUCUGUGUGACUGCAAGCAUCAAUUGGAUUUUCUCAUUACACUAGUCUGAGACAAAUCUCAACUAACAAUGGCGGAGAGACCAGAGGAUCUCAACCUGCCACACUCCGUAAUCACAAGAAUUAUGAAAGAAGCGGUUCCAGAAGGAGUCAGUGUUUCCAAGGAGGCUCGUAAUGCUGUUUCCAAGGCAGCUAGUGUGUUUGUACUCUACGCUACAUCAUGCGCCAACAACUACGCACUGAAAGGAAAGAGGAAAACUCUGAAUGCCGCUGACGUCUUUGCCGCAAUGAAGGACAUGGAGUUUGAAGAGUUCAUCGAACCGCUGGAGAAGAGCCUUCAAGAGUUCCGUCAUGAACAAAAGGGCAAGAAAGAAGCAUCGGAGAAGAGGAAACAGAACAGGUCGGAUGCGGAGAAGGCAGAAGGGGAAGACUCCGAGCAGAACAUCUCUAGUGAGAUGGAGGACAGUCGGGAGGAUGCAGAAGACGAAGAAGAUGUGGAAGGCGAGGAGGGUGAAGAUGAAGACAUUGAUGAGGACAUCGAUGAUGAAGACGAUGACGAGGAAGAUAUUGAUGAUGAAGAAGAUGGAGAAGACGUGGAGGAGAUUGAAGACGAUGGUGAAGAAAAUGUCGGACAAGUUGAAGAUGUUGAUGAUGAUGAUGUCCAAGAAGUAGAAUGAGUGGAACCAGUUACGAACUGAAUGACAUUAGAGAGUUUAAAAUUCCCUGAAUUUUAAAAUCUAAUGAAAAGUGUACAGUCUCAUGUCCGACUGUUGACGUGAACUUAUCAAUGAAAAUGGAAAAUCUUUCCAAACAAUUAAGAAACAUGGAAUUUAUGGUCCCUUUCUCAAAACAGCUAUCACACUGUUACAUUAGCAUGACUCUUUUCUGACCACACAAAUCAAGUUCACAUAAUACAAAAGAAGUUUGCCUGAACAAGAGUGGCAGUCCGUAUUUUUUCCCUCCUGGAAUGGAAACGGAGAACUACCAUUGUAAAUACUGGCAGUUUGUAUCGUUCAUUCGGUCCUUUGUAUGAAAUAAAAUUUAAGAGUUACAAA